UAUCCCUCUUAAAACAGAAGCCCAGCUCGCUGCUAACGGACUCAGCCCGUCUUCCCGAGUUACCUGGGGAGCGGCAGUAAGAAGAGCUGCGACUCAUUCAGAGAGUAAUAAUGUGGUUAGCGUAGAGCUCAGAAACUGUAUUUGGGCUUCUGACGAGGAAACGAAACCGAAACUGGCUGUGAAAGGUGGAGCUCUCGGCGGUGAAUAAUCCUCGGUAUAGUCCUGUGGUGUGAGCCCCUGUUUCAGGAUUUCAGGAUGGGUCUGAAUGAAGAAGACACCCCGUCUGCAGAUGUGAGGUGUAUUCUGUGUAAUCUGGCCGAUGAGAAUGAAACCACAGGACCUUUAUCGUCUAAAGGAGGAAUCUCAGCACAUCAGAACUGCCUGAUAUUUUCAUCUGGAAUCUACUGCAAGAGUUCUCCAUCCUUUGAUGACCUGUUUGGCUUUGAUGUAAAUGAUGUGAGAAAGGAGUACAUCAGAGGACGAAAGCUAAGAUGCCACCGCUGUGGGAAAAAGGGAGCCACAGCAGGAUGUGAGAUGAGCCGAUGUAAGCGCUCCUACCAUUACCCAUGUGCCAUAGAGGACCAUGCGAGAGCUGUGGAGAAAGUGUCCAAAGGCUUCUUCACAUUGUACUGUGUAAAGCAUGAUCCAAAGCGCCCCAGAAAUCCUGAGAGGCUGCAGGCGAAUGAAUCAUCUCGUUCUAGUCCUGGAUCUAACGACUCAAAGAGACCCAGACUAGACAGCAGUCAUGCGGGAACAUCAUCGGAGAGUGAUUCCAGCACAUAUAUAAGGUUCCAAAGCAGGAAAAGGAAGUCUGAGGUGGUUAUCUCUGACUCUGACGAACCUAUUGACAUUGACCCCACGUUGGGACCUAUAGAAUUAGAUCCGGAAGACAUCAUCCCUCCAAAACAGCAUGGGCAGUCGACUCCUGUCCCUGAAGACGAGAGGGACAAGGAGGAGCCCAGAGCAGAUAUCUCAGGAGUUCCUUUUCCUAGUGUUGAUGACGAUGAAACAGACGUGGAGGAGGUGAGUGCCUGUGGACCAUGCCACACGAUGUGCCAUCCUGCAGUUCCUCCAUCAACCACUAGGUGGAACCUAGUAUUACUUAAGGGUGCCAAGUCUCCAAGUUUGUUACGAACAGAGUACCGGCAUGAGAACGUGUCAUUCAAUGUUAUCGUGGACUCAGGACCUUCCAUUGAAUCAGAAAACAGUAUCAGCCCCUGUUCCCCUUCUUUUGCGCCUGGUGGUGGUGGUGGUGCUGCUGCUGCUGCUGCUGCUGCUGCUACUCCUGUGUGUAAUAGCAAUGGACCUCUAUCGGCCCCCGAGAAUGCAGCUCCCGUCCAUGCUGCUACCACCACAGCAAUAAUACACCCACCUCCAGACGGCUGCCCCUCUCUCGACUCCCCUCCACUGGGUGUCGUCGCUGCUGCUGAGUCCGCAGGGUCACCCAACCGCUCCAGUCCCACAGCACCCUCAUGUGAAGAUCCAGAUGAGCAAACUGCUCAUCCCGCAUGCCAGGACCCACCAGACAUAUCACACGACCCACCGGAAUGCAAGGCCACACCCACUGAUCGCCCCUUAGACCUCACUGCACCACCAGGGGGCUCCACCAUGUCCCCACAGCACAAUGAAGGCACAGAGGAAGCAAGGGUGUCAGAAACUGGUGCUGCCGUCUUUUGGAGGAGGUGUAAUGAGGUAGGCUGCACAGAGGCCAUAUUCACAGAGGUCACGCAUCAGAUCACCAGCUUGGCGGAAAAGGUGCAGGGUCAGCACGCCACACAUCAGGAUUAUGCUGUCGCUCUGAGGAUACUGGAAGCAUCUGGGAAGCUCCCUGCAAUAUUCAAACAACUGGAGCAAGAUUUUGAGGAACGAGAGAGGGAGCUGCAGAGGAAGAGAGAGGCGCUGAGGGACGCCAGAGCCAUGCUAAAUCAUCUCAGCUGAUCAUCAACUGAAGUUAUUUCAUUCUAAAAUGUAACCCCAACUGUUUUUGUACAAUAUUCAGUGAAAUCUCUGUGGAAAAACUGUCCUUUGUACAUAAUAAUGAACAUUUGCUUAGAUAUUGUAAUAAUCAUCUCAGUUCCUGAGACAAUCGUUUCACAUCAAACAGAAUAGUCAUUUCUUCUUAUUAUCAAUAUUUAGUGUGAUUUGAAACUUAAAUGCAUACUUGUAUCACGCUCAUGCACAUGUAUGUUGCACACAUUAUGUUUUGUCAUGCAUGCAGUGGAAUGUACCCAUCACGGUGGACUGCCUCCUGUCAUUUUCUGUUUUUUUUUUUUGUUUGUUUUACUUUCCUGGGCUUUU